GACAAUUCAGACGACCACGUUGUCUGAAGUCCUUUAUCGGUCGCCUCGGCCACGCACACACGCGGUCUUUGACCUACACCAGGCUAUAGAGGAACAAAGGAGGGUAGGUGUGACGUCAGCGAACGAGAUGACGUCAUCAGCUCGGUAUCGGGUGCCUCAUGGGCCCAAGUACCGCAGUGUGCAGCCGUCGACCGAGGCGCACACAUCUGUCAAAUCUGUUCCCUCUGUUUACCUCGAGGUGCACCGAAGGACCAGCCGGUUUCUACAGCUUCGGACCGUUUACCAGUCGCCAACGAGAGAUGCCGAAGGCGCGGGCCCCAUCCCGCGGUCGAGCCGCCACCGCUGCAUCAACGCCGUCGAACGUCGGUGUCUCGGGUCGGCGCAGCCGUGGUGUUCCCGCUGCCGCCGCACAGAGUCAGCCUCAGGUCUGUGUCGACCCGACACAGCUUCGGAACAUCAUCCAGGACGUGGUGCAGGAGGCGCUGGACGCCUCCGCCGCAUCGAGACCCGCGGCCGCUCCGGCGCCGUCCUACAGCCACAGCGUCCCGGCAUCCACCGGUUCAGCGCCGUACGACCCACUCGAGUCCCCGGAGAGCAGUCCGCUCGGUAACGCACAAGCGGUCUGCGAUGGUACCGAAACGGUAUCGGCCGCCCUCCGCCAAAAAAUCGUGGAGGGCCGCUUUGUUGACCUCGGCCUACUGCUGGACCAUGCCGACGGAACACGGGCGGAGACGAAUCAGGCGCUCCAGUUGGUGGACGGGCAACUCCGCCCGGCUUCACGAGCUCCGCGCGCCAUCACUUCGUUUGGCACGUGGUGCAUCGCGUUCCUCCGCUAUGCGGGAGUUAUCAUACAAUCGCGUCCUGCCGCGGCGGCGGGCCUCAUGGCUCAUAUGAGACAAGUGGGCCAGCUGACAGGCGCGGGGCUAGGGCUCGCCUGGCGCGAAUAUGACGAAGCCUUCCGCAAGGCGCGUGAGGUGGCGCCCCAGUGCCAUGAGUGGGGCACAACCGCCAGCUCCUCCCCGCUUUGGCUACAGGCCGUCGCCAGGGGCAUCGGCACCGCAGCGAGAGUCGGCAAUCCCCCGGUGCGGCCUGUUGAGACCCCUAUGCGUUUUCGGCCCUGUUUCGCGUACAACACAGCUCGGGGCUGCCCUGCCCGAUCAUGCCGCUACCAACAUGCGUGCCGUACAUGCCGCGGCGAUCACCCGGCCACCCGCUGUGCGUCACAGCUCGCGCAAACACGCGCACGUAUUCCCCGACCCAAUGCCGGCCCAGCAGCUGCCGGUGCUUCCCGCUAGCUACAGCAUGUGCUGCGCGUCCAGCCCAUGGCGUCGACACGGCAAGGGGAUCAACUCUUGGCCGCGGCGCCAUGCGCCAUGACAGCCAGCCCGGCAUGGCCCACUGCGCUAAUCCUGACACGAUGAGGGUGCGGGACGCCUCUCGUCGCGGGUCAGCGCGAAUGUACUAUAAUAAUUAGCCAAGAAUGCGGUGGGGUUACGAGUGUUCACUGUUCUCGAUUAAGUGUUUAUUCUCGAUUAGGUGUUUUUGCUGCGCUGCGUUGCCGUUGCUCCGGGCGUAUUUCCUACAACAGUGGCGCUACUGCGGCUUCCCGAACAUGACGUCGACACGGCAAGGGGAUCGCCUCUUGGCCGCGGCGUCAUGCUUUGUGUCAUGUCGCAAUGUCAGGGUCACGCAACCACUAUUUAUUCAGCCAAGGUAGCGUUUGUGUGGCAAAGGGUUAUGCACAGUGUGUUUCAUGCUGCAGCGCAGCUCCGACACGGCCGGUGCCAUGUAGCUCCGGGCCGCGGGGCUGCGAUACCACCGGACAACGCGCAAACUGCACUAUUAUACAGGGUGUCCGGAAAGUCCUGGCGCUUUUCAAUAUUUUUAAAAUAAAUGCCUUUGGUCCAUAGAUACUCAACAAUAGAACAAAACAAUGACCACGAACACAAAGCCACAUGCUUCUGCUAAGUGCCCAUUCAUUGUAACCACUGUCUGUGCCGAUGACGGCCUCGACGCAAGGGCGGAAACUCCUGCGGUUUUUGAUGAUGCAGGGUAUUUCCUGUCCUCCCAUGCUGUCAAGAUACGAGUCUUCAGCGACUGCAGGCUGUGAUGAGAGGUGGCCUAGAGCUUAUUCUGCAAAACGCGUAGCAUGCCUUAGUCGAGCGGGUUAAGGCUGGGAGAAUAAGGUGGCCUAAUCUCAUUUCACCACGGUGAUCUGGUCCGCCGAGCUCCUCUGUCAGUUUGGUUUGGACGGCAGCGGCGUUGUUGGAGGGCGCUCCGUGCUGUUGAAAUGCGAAAUGACUCUUAGGGCAAGUCGCCUUGAUCCUCGUGUCCAGGAGCCCCUCGUGGACCAGCCUGUCAUUCAUUUACAUGACCUUGACGAAGACGAUGGAACAUUUGUGUCCAUCAGACCCCAGAUUUUCUUCGAUUGCCGCUGAAGUGCUGCUUCAGUCUCCGCAGCUUUGGCAUACCGUGGUCGUAACUGAGGGAGAAUAUUUUCUAGGAAAUUUCCGAGCAGGAAUGCACCUUUGCCUGCUCAACUGUUCGCCGGGAAACGCCGCAUCGCGCUGCAACUUGCGCCUCGUUCAAGCCGCACCGGGCCCCCGCGCGCGGGCUCUCAGCGACAAGGCGCAUCUUCGCCCAUAUACCUAUCACUGAAAACGGUUGCAAAGUCAUAUUCACGCGACCCCUAGCUGAGCGGUGAACGAGGGGUCAUAUCUGUGGUGAUUGGUUGAAAGUCCAAUAACCACAGCGCGCGUUAGACGACGUCCAAAAGAGGCGUCAGGACUUUCCGGACACCCUGUACAUAUCGACUGCAUCAAACCCCAGCGUGGCCGCCAGAGUGGGUUCAGGCGCCCACACCGCAAUUCUCUGCUAACGGAUGGCGUCCGUUUACUUCUCCCGCUCGCGCCACAGCUCCGUCGUCUCGUGGUUCGGUGGGGUGGUGGGCAUGUGUCACCUCACCAAAAACCGGUCUAGCUGAAUACAGUCCCAAAAUCACA